AUGCUCGAUGCUCCAAUCAGUAAAGUAAAGAACAACCACUCCCAGGACGAUCUGGAAAAUCAGAGCCAGUCUUCUUGGGAAAAGAGCUCUUCAAUUAAUAUAAAUCAAUAUGAACAUCAUGAGGAAUCUUCAACAUCAAAAUUGAAAAACAUUGGACUUUUACACAAGAUAAGAACUGGAUCAAUACGGUAUUCAAAGAAAAGAACAGUUGCCUUGUUGGUAUCCACUAGUUUGCUGCUAAGUUUCCUUGUUGGAUUGUGUUAUUUCUAUCCUACUCAUAUAACUGGUACCGUAACUUCCGUUUUCAAUAAACAACAACAACAAUUACAACAAUCAAUAUCAAAUGAUUCAUUUCAAGAUUAUGUUGAAGAAUAUUCACCAAAUGAUUUAAGAUUGAAAUUAUCACAAAAAUAUCCUUAUAAUAGAAAUUCAAAUUCAAUACCAAAAAUUAUUUGGCAAUCAUGGAAAGAACCAAUUGACCAAAUCUCAAAUAAAAAUUUAUUAAAAUAUAUCAAAUCUUGGUCAGAUCAAUCUGGUUAUGAAUAUAAUUUAAUAACUGAUGAUCAAAUUCAAUCUAUAAUUAUGGAAUUAUAUGGAGAUUUCCCAGAGAUCUUACAAACUUUUGAAACAUUACCUAAAAAUAUCCUUAAAUUUGAUUUCCUAAGAUAUUUAAUCAUUUUUGCUAAAGGUGGGAUUUAUUCUGAUAUUGAUACUUCAAAUUUAAAAUCUUUAGAUGAUUGGAUCGAUAAUAAUCCAAAAGCAUUAAUUAAAUCAUUAGACAUGCCAUCAUCAACUAACAAUUUGAAUGAAUUUCCAAAUAUUGGAUUUAUUGUUGGUAUUGAAGGUGAUUUUGAUUUACCAGAUUGGAAAUAUAAAAUGGCACGUCGUGUUCAAUUUUGUCAAUGGACUUUUAAAUCAAAACCUGGUCACCCAAUUCUAAGAGAACUAAUCUAUUCAAUUGUGGAUACAACAUUAAAUAAAUUUGAUCAAAGAUUAAAUCAUGUUAAGAUUGAUCGUGAAUAUCAUACAUUACAUUCAAUUUUCACUAUAUUAAAUUGGACAGGUCCUGGAAUUUUCACUGAUUCAAUUUUUAAACAUUUUAAUAAAAUUUUUUCAAAAUUUAAAUUUAUUAAUAAUAAUCCAAAACCAAUUAUUAAAAAUAAAGAAUUUGAACAUUAUCAUAAAGAAAGAAAUUCUAUAAAUAUUGAAGAUGGGAAAUUCAUUGGUUGGACAAAUUUCACCAAGAUUUCUAAACCUGUGCUUUAUGAUGAUGUGCUAAUAAUGCCAAUGAAUACUUUCAAUGCUUAUAAUGAUGUUAUGGAAUUUAAACCAAAUGAUGAUUUAAAUUAUGUUAAACAUGAUUUUAAUGGUGGUUGGAAAAACAUGUAA